GGAGGUGGAGGAGGAGAUGUGAUGCUGUUGUGUCCUGCUGCCAUUUCAUCCGCGGAUCCUCACGGAAAUAUCAACAGUGAGAUGAAGCAGCAGCUCGGAUCAUCUUAACAGGCUCCUUUCAUCUUUAUUAAAAGCAGGUCACCCACGUUGGCGGUGGACAGGACGUCUGGAUGAUAUGCUGCACGUUAUUGGCAGGUUAUUUCUGUAGCUAACACAACCACUGCUGCUCUGGAGGAUCAUUUUUAGACGUAAUCAUCGAUAUGGGGUUUGCUUUUUACAGGUACUGAGCUCUUCUUUAUUUUAAGAUCUUAUACAGGUGAGACAUGGAGACAAUAUGGCUUUAUCAGUUUCGUCUGAUUGUCAUCGGAGACUCCACGGUCGGCAAGUCGUGUCUGAUCCGGAGGUUCACUGAGGGCCGCUUCGCCCAGGUGUCAGACCCCACGGUGGGGGUGGACUUCUUCUCCCGUCUGGUGGAGAUCGAGCCAGGCAAAAGAAUCAAACUCCAGAUCUGGGACACUGCGGGUCAGGAGAGGUUCAGGUCCAUCACCAGAGCUUACUACCGUAACUCCGUGGGUGGACUCUUGCUCUUCGACAUCACAAACCGCCGUUCCUUCCAAAACGUCCACAACUGGCUGGAGGAGGCCCAGAGCCACGUCCAGCCGCACAACAUCGUCUUCCUGCUGGUCGGUCACAAGUGUGACCUGGAGGCCCAGCGCCAGGUGACCCAGCAGGAGGCAGAGAAGCUGGCGGGGGCCUUCGGGAUGCGCUACGUGGAGACAUCGGCACGAAAAUCUAUCAACGUGGAGAAGGCGUUUGUGGACCUGACGAAGGACAUCUUCGAGCUGGUACGGAGCGGGGACAUCAAGAUCCAGGAUGGCUGGGAGGGCGUCAAGAGCGGGUUUGUUCCCAACACCGUCCAUUCCUCGGAGGAGGUCACCAAGGGCAGCCGGCAGUGCUUCUGCUGAUCGAGCUGUCUGCAGCGUGUGAGGCUGACAGGUAGUAACACUUCAGUGGACUCCAUCUGUCGGAGAUGUCUCUUGCGCCUUGGCUGCACUCAGGCCAGUUUUCUGGGGGGAUAUUUUCCCUGCUACACACUUUACUUCUAUAUUAAAGACAUUGUUUUAUCCUUGGGGCGCCUGUGUACGGCUCUUCGUUGAUGUUGAAGCACAAGAAGCAUCCUAACGCUCUCACUGUUCUGUCCGUGUGCAUGUGUGUGUGUGACUGUAAUAACCUUCUCAACACUUCAGCUUUACUGCACGUUUGGCCUUCUCCUGAUGUGUACAGUUAUACUCCAGCACACUCUUAAAGACUGAUACUGUCAGUGCAGUGUGUCCAUGCUCUGAUGUUGAUUUAAAACAGUGAUGCCAAGACCUGAGCCACGCCUCCUCCUUUUCAUGAUUCAUAAUCCUCAGAAUACAUUGCAACCUUGUACAGACUAUAACCAGUGAGAGAGACGAGACAGGAGCAGAUCCUCGCUGAUUGUACUGCACUACAAAUCCAAGUGGCUUAACACAUAAAGAGAGUGGAUGAUAAUGAAAGUUGAACCAAAGUUUGAGACUCAGCUGGACUCUUGUCAUGUUUGUUUGUCUGACUGCGACCUGCUAACGCCUGCUGGAGAAAGAGUUUGCACUGUGAAAGUGUUCAGUGGUAGAUUUGCUGAAAGGAAAAGCUACUGUAGCUGCUCACUGAUAGCCAUUAUAACCUGAUCAUAGCUAGAUUUCAAUACGGUAAGUACCCAAAUUCAUGUUUAAUACUCUGUGUUGGUUUACUAAUGAGAACAGUUGAGACGUUACCUUAAAGCCAUUUGUAUGGAACCCCAACAUGUUCAAUAUUAAAUAAUGAAAAAAAGAUAAAGUGAAUAAAAAUGUCAAAAAAUGAGCCAAAAAAAUUGACAGAAGGAAAUUAUUCCAGCUGAACUCAUCAUUAUGAUAUGCCCCAUGCCUCUCUGAUUCAACAACUGCUUCCACAUUUAGACCUUUACUUAUUUAAUUAGCUCCUGUUAGCUUGAGGAACAACAAUGUUAAAGUUGUUCUCAAUCAGGCUUUGGCUUCCAACAACAGCCGAGAUAAAAUGUUUUUGUGCCGCAUUCUGUUCCACAAUGACGCUCUUAUUUUGUCUCGUGUUAGAAGAAAAUCCACUUCUAAGAAGACAAGGUUUUUAGGGUCAAUAAAUGAGUGAAUGAAGUUCAUAGUGCGUGAUCUCUGUAUUGACCCAAAGUAAUCGUCUUUAGCUCCAUCAACAACCAUGUUAAAAUGUCAACUUUGCAGCAAAAAUAAACCUGUUUAUAUGUUUAUAUAGUAUAUACAA